AUGGCAAGAGGAGGUCGCGGCGGCGGUCGCAAACCGUUUCGCGGUAAAGGCAGAGGUCGAGGCGGCGGCGGAGGAGGAGGCCGAGAUACUCGAUCGGAGCCAUGGUCGACCAUUGAGCGCAAAAACGAGCUUUUCGAGAGCUACUACCGCAUGGGUGGCUUCUUGGAGGAAGCAGAAUUCGAGGAGAUGUGGACGACUCUCCAGGCCGACUUGCCCAACAGCUUCCGCUUUACCGGCACCAAGUCCGACGCCCUCGCAGUGCGCGAAAUCUUCAAGACGCGAUACAUUCCAGCCAUUGCGGAGAAGAAGUUUGAAGGCAAGCCAGUGCCGCCUCCCGAAGCAGUACAGGCCUUCCCGGACGAACUCGUUUGGCACAUGAAGACUCACAAGAAAGUCAUUCGACGACAUGCGCCCUUCGCCGACUUCCAGAAAUUCCUUGUCGCCGAAGCUGCUUCAGGCAAUAUCAGCAGACAAGAGGUUGUCAGCAUGAUCCCACCACAUUUCCUCGACGUCAAGCCGGGCAUGGUCGUUCUCGACAUGUGCGCUGCGCCUGGAAGCAAGUCGGCACAGCUGGCUGAGAUGAUCCACGGCGACGAGGAAGAGCGUGUUACGCGAGUGGCCAACGGAGAGUCUGUUGAUCUGAGCGCAGAAGGCGACUACAGUGACGACGGCCGAUCGACAGGUCUGCUCAUCGCAAACGACACCGACUACAAGCGCGCCGGCAUGUUGGUCCACCAGGUGAAGCGACUCAAUUUCCCCAACCUGAUUGUCACACAACACGACGCGUCGAUAUUCCCCUCGAUCGAGCUCCCGAGCACCGACGGCCGCAAGAAGCAAUAUCUAAAGUAUGAUCGAAUCUUGGCUGAUGUGCCAUGCUCCGGUGAUGGUACAGCCCGCAAGAACCCAAAUGUUUGGCAGAAGUGGACACCCAAGGAUGGGCUUGGUCUUCACAAUCUGCAACUACGCAUUCUGUUCCGAGGUUUGCAGAUGCUGAAGAAGGGCGGUCGCUUGGUCUAUUCUACUUGCAGUAUGAACCCUGUUGAGAAUGAGGCGGUGGUUGCUGCAGCUAUCGAGGCUUGCGGAGGCACCUCCAAGGUUCAGCUUGUAGAUUGCUCCGAUCACCUUCCCAACCUCAAACGCAAGCCAGGCCUUAAUGUCUGGAAGGUUCUCGACACAUCUUCGGUCUCUGCUGCAGGCGAGAAGACUGCUCACAUGUUCACCAACUGGGAAGCCUAUCAAAAGGCAAAGGCGAAGUACGAGGUCGAGGAGCCAGCGCGCCAGUUCUCCACCAAGAUUACCUCGGGGUGCUUCCCACCAAUCCCCAAGUCUCCUGAAGAGCGCAUCCCGCUCGAGCGAUGUAUUCGGGUUUAUCCUCACCAGCAGGAUACUGGAGGCUUCUUCAUUGCUAUCAUUGAGAAGUUGGAUGAUAUCAAGAUUGCACAGAUCCAAAACCCGGAGAACGCAGCCAAAGCGCAAAGGUCCCAGGCGAAGGCCACGACCACGACCGACUCAUCCAUCCCAACGCCCGACGAGAACGUGAUCGAGGCAGAUGCCACCAAGGAGGAUGCUGACAACGAUGUUCCUGACGUUGCGGGCGCACUGAAGCGUAAGUUGGAAGAGGUUGAAGAGCCUGCAUCCUUGAAAAAAGCCAAGGCAGACGCAGACGCAGCCCCUGAGUCCACGGAAGUACAAACAGAGGAGCCCAUUCUGGCCGCCAACGGAUCCGCAACAAACGGGUCAAACACACAAGCAGCUACACCUAAAGACGCUCGUCUCAAGCCUGAGAACCAAAGUCAGAACAAGGAGUACUUUGAGUACUUGGCAGCCGACGACGAAACGGUUGCCUCCAUUAUGGACUUCUUCGGUAUCUCCUCUCGCUUUCCCCGCGAUCGCUUCAUGGUGAAGAACAAGGAAGGCCUCUCCCUCAACAAAAUCUACUAUACCUCUGCGUUCGCAAAAACCAUCAUCACCCAGAACAAAGAUCGUGGUAUGAAAUUCAUCCACUGCGGUGUCGUCAUGUUCGUCGCGCACAAGAUCAAAGACAAGGACUACACCCACGCUCCGUGGCGGUUACAGAAUGAGGGUAUCAGAAUAUUGGAGCCAUGGGCGAGUAAGCGCAUUGUGAAGUGCGACAAGAAGGAGACGCUACAUCAGCUAGUCAUGGAGAUGUUCCCCAAGCUUCCCAAAGAAGGCCCAACCGGCCUCGGCGAAGUUGGCGACCAAUUGCAGAAAAUGGAUAUUGGAUGCUGUUUCGUGCGCGUGGAGAAGGAUGACGAGCAGGGCAUUCCGUUCCGCAUGGUGCUGCCCUUGUGGAGACAUCCAGGGUCCGCCAACCUCAUGGUUGACAAGGACGACCGAAAGGCUAUGCUACUUCGAUUGUUCAACGAGAAGGAUACGCAGAUCAUUAACCAUGUUGCUGAUAAGGCGAAGGCAGAGGCCGAUCAGAAGGCCAAGGACGAGGAAGAUGCGGCAGAUGCGGCAGAUGUGAAGGCAGACGGAGAUGUGAGUGACGGCGAGCAGGCAGAUGAGGCUAUGAUUGCGAAAGAGGAAGAGGGCGAUGUGGACAUCGAUAUGGACGGUGAUGCCUAA